GGACAGGGCCCGAGCAGGCCCGCGUCGCCAUGACGACAGCGCGGCGCUGCGGCCAUGGCGGAGAAGGAGGAGAAGGGCGAGGAUGGCCAAGUAGCUGAAAUUGAGAAAAAGAUUACAGAAGCUUUUGAGGUGUUUGACCGUGAAUCCAAUAAAACCGUGGAUGUCAGGGAGAUUGGUUGCAUUGUCAGGUCACUGGGUUGCUUCCCAACUGAGGCAGAAGUACAGGAACUGCUUGAAAAGAUAGAAGUAGAAGAACCAGGUGGAUUUGUUCAUUUGGAACAUUUUCUUCCAGUGAUGACAAAAGUUCUACUUGACAGAAGAUUCCGACCUAUUCCAGAAGAUGUUAUUCUACAUGCAUUUGAGGCUUUGGAUGAGAAUAAGUGUGGAUAUAUUACCAAAGACGACCUGGUCAAACAUUUGACUGAAGGAGGUGAGCCCUUUACUCAGGAGGAAAUGGAGGACAUGCUUGCUGUUGCUCUAGAUCCAGUAACAGAUACUCUUCACUACAGAGAUUACCGUACAAAGCUGAUAGUAGAUGAAACCAAGACCUUCCCUUUUAAUGUCUGAGAUGCCUUUUGGUAACAGCACCAUGGCUUGAUAGAUAGUUGAAAUAUGUAUUUUAAAGUAUAACAAAGCUCAGCUUGUGACUUGGUGCUUACAAUUAAAAUGAAAUCUGUGUAGUUAUGUUUCCUUGGGUUCUGUGUGUGUGUGUGUAUACAUAUAAAAAUAUAUUCACACCUGGAAAGAGAGCUCUUGACAGAAAUACUGUGUAAGGUCUGGACAAGAAAUCAUGGAAACUUUUUGGAAAAUAGUAGGAAAAAUAAUGAAGUCAAGAAAUAACUUUAUGAUUGCUUUUGAAAAGCUAAGAG